UUCCCCCUGCACCCUGCCAGGGAGAGUUUCAGCAGCCUGUGGCAGCAGCCAGGCACCCAUGGCCUGGCACUGAGCCCCUGCCUCCUCCCUGCCUCUGGGGUGGCCUCGGUGCUGCUGGACCAGGGACACGACAGCCCAGGAGCUCCAGGAAGAUGAUGUGCCUGCCUGCAUCCCCACCGGCGCUGGCAUCCAGGCUGGGGCUCGGGCUCUUCGUGCUGCUCUGCCUUGGGAUGGGCCAAGCACUGGAGAAGAAAGUAGUCAGGAGCAAAGUGGGGGAAAAGGUCGGCCUGCCUUGUUGCCAUGAGAUCCCCAGCUCAGAGAGCCUGCACAGGUACCGGGUGUACUGGCAGAAGAACAUCACGGAGGUGGUGCUGGCCUACUCUGACGGGAACAUGAUCUCCAAGCACGAGCGGUACCGGAACCGGACUGAGAUGGACCCCUGGAACCUCACGCUGUGGGUGUCCCCCGUGGGAACCCUGGACAAUGGCUCCUACCAGUGCAUAGUGCAGCGCAACUCCAUCGUGGUGUGCGACGAGUCUGUCGUCCUCUUUGUGACAGCUGACUUCAGCAAGCCCAACAUAACGGCAGAGGUGUCCGCUGAUUCCUGCGAGUUGACUGAGAUGGUGAUAACAUGUUCUUCUCAUGGAGGGUUCCCCAAGCCCAGAAUCUCUGGAACCCUCAACAACAUGUCUGUGGAAUGGGAUGCCAGCUGGGUGUCUGAGUCCAGCCUCAGCCCAUACAAUGUCACUGGAAAACUGGUGCUCAAUGUCACCAAAGACAUCAACAUCACUUGCUCCGUUGAACACAGUGGCUUUUCCAAGUCCACCAGUUUGCUUAUUGAAAAAACAAACGACUGCAUUGUUCCUCCUGUGCCUCCACCUUAUAAUGUCAUUAUUGCUUCAAUUAUCAUCGUUAUCACCUUCAUUUUGGCUAUCACCCUGGCAGCAAGAUACCUCCCAAGGCAUGUUUGUUCUCACUGUUGCAAGCACCAGGAUUCAGUGGAAGAGGGUGUGAAAGAAUAUACAAAGGCGUCCAUGAGCUCCAAACUGACAGCUGAAACAUCAUCUGUGUGACCAGACCGCAUUUGCAGGUUCUCCACGCUGUGCAUCCCGCACUGCCGACCCCGCUGUUGGCUGUACAGCGAUGCUUGCUGCAUGGACCCUUUGGCUCUCUGCAAGGGGGGCCAGCAGGAGGGAAAAACUCUGCUCACCACCUGGGGCUGACAACACAACCUGCUGUGAACGAAUGCAAACCCCACCCUCGCCACAGAGGCUGUGUGAUGGCUCCUCAAACGAGGUCGCUGGGAUUCCAGCUGAGAGGACCCCCUGGCAGAAGGACAUCACCAGUGGCACACCAGGUCAAGACUUCAGGAACCUCUGUGAGAAUCAGGGGCUGCAGAGCCCCAGCAGGGAGCCCAUGCCCACCUGCCCCUUCAGUACCACGGAGCUGCCCUUUGGGAGACCCCAAAUCCUGACAUGAAGUCUCGUCAGUUUGUGCCUCCACGUUGGUAGAGUGAGCUGAACUAAAACUUCUUUUCUAUCCAGCCUCACACAAGUAUCUGCUCUUCCCACUGGUGGACUUUGAAUUUGGAUUCAGCCAUUACAGAUACACAUCCCUUCUCCCCUAAAGAGGCAAGAGUGGACACAUUUUUCAUGAAAAAUAGACACCAUGGAAGCAAGUCUCUGUGCCUCAUGCUAAUUUGCAGUGCUCCGAGACAUUUUAGGUAAUGAUACACACUGGCAGCACUCCUAAGUGCUAAUUAAUAUCACUUAUCUACUGCAGUGGCACAAGUUCUCAUAACCUUUCUCUCCUGAAAGGACAGCCUUGCCAAGCCAAGCACUGAGGCACAGCUCCUCCAUUCAGCUGCAGUGUGAGGACACACAACCUGUGCACAUACAGAGCCAAGCUUCCAUGGGCAUUCCUUCCCACUCACACCCACUGGAGCUCGUGUGACAGCCAGUGGUGACCUCGUGUAUCUACUGUAACCAAAUGUAACUCAGGGCCUUGCUUCACAAACACGGGUCUGCUGCUGUGUGUACAUCUGUCAUGGGAUACUUGUUAGGGAAAGCUCUGCACGUUUUUGGGAAUUUCUCACAGCAACAUAAGGAUAUUUACUUCGCAUUGAAUGUUGCUGCUUUCUGCCAGUGUUCUCUCUACCCAGCCAGGACUAGAAGGAAUUUCCCUACAGGAUGCUAACAUUGGACAGGACUCAUCUGAUGGAGGUGACAUUCUUGCCUACUGUGUAGGAUAAAAUGGUUUCUCAUUUUCAGGGGAAAGGAGGAAAAUGCCCCAACCCCCAAUAAGCUUCCUAAGUAACUCUGCCUACUAACCUAACUAACCCUGCCCUGAGUUUGACUGGAAUAUUUUUCCCUUUUGCUCUGCAAGCUGCACCAAUUCCUGCACUGCUCUAUCCACAUUAUCAGGGCAAAUCAAAGUCUGAAAGCACAAUGCCAUCCUCUUUGUGGGGUGUGUUGUCACUUGAGCUGCUUAUCUUCCUAGGACACAGCAGAGAUAUAGUCCAUCCAUUUCACUUUUUUCCUAGUUGGUAUAUAUUCAGAAACUGCUGGAGAAAAUAGGAUUAAAAGUGGUUCAUAGGAUACUGAACUCUGAGAUUAAAUAAAAAAUAAGACAAUGGUCCCUUUCUACUCCUGCAGAGUCAGGCUGUACUAUCACCUUUUUAAUGCUUUCCCAUUGUACCAAGUGUAAUGGGAACUUCAGAACAUUCUUAGAGAGGAGUUUUUGACUGAGAAAAGGAGGUAAGCUGAGGGAUAAGGAAACAAUUGCACUUGUGUGUUCUGGCUGCAAACAGAGCACAAGUGACAGGAAUCAGGAUGUUUCCAAAAGGCAGCCUGACCCUAUUGCAGGACUUGGUCAAUGAGUGAUGUCUCACACUUUUCAGGUUUCCUCUUCUUUCAGCCUAAGCUUGCUCCAGCACAAACCAGCAGCUUCUUGCAGACUGGCCACCCUCUCUUGGCAUUCACUUCCAACUUUGCUGAUUUCCAACACUGCUCUUCCCUAUAACCACACUGCAAUUGCACCUUGCCAGCCACACCACAGCUCUGCCAGUUGUACCAGCAUGUUUUCCCUCUUACUAUGCCAUGCCCUCUCUACUUCUGGUCCUGACCAGUGCUUGCACAGCCUCCCACAGAAGGGUUUGUCUUUUGCACUGUGCCAAACUUUUCUACAUCACCACAGACUCCAGUAACACUUUCAGUGACUCCUUCCAAAGGAAACCAAAAAUUUCACUGACAUAUGCCUAGCAUCAGGUUAUUUUUACAUGCUUGAGGGCAGAUUAUUUGGUUCAUUUUUCAUUAAGCACUAAUUCUCUGGAUCAUGUUUUCUAUUGCCUUAUGCUGUAUUCAGUGAAUUGCACAUAAAUGGUUUCUAUGAGACCUUCUCAGCUUUAUAUCUGUGUCAUUGUAGCAAGUGAGCUGCUCUGUUUACCAUGGAUGUUUUGUAUAUAAUGUUGUUUCCUGGGGUUCCUCCUUUAAUUGUAUUAAAAAUAAAUUGUAAACUCAGUUUCCUUUCCUUAGUAAUAAAAGAUGUCUGUCUAUG